AUGACUGCGACCGACGCCUGCUGGUGGCUGAACACUUGGAAGAAGCUUGAUAAUGAGUGGGAGGCAAUAAGCUCCAGAGGCCAGAAGCAGUUAGCUAAUGCGGCAGAUAGCUUACAGAAAACCACAUAUUUCUCAGGCGAGCACAGAGGUACGCUGUCAUGCUGUGAAUCACUGCAUUACCGUGUGUCCUCUCGUUUAUGGGAAUUGGCGCAUCGGUGCAGCACACGUCUUGAAGAAGAAGUGAAGGACCUGGCAGAAAUUUACUUGCGGAUGCAGCGCUUAAUUCUUGAUACCCCUACAAAACAGCUGACAGAAAAGCGCAGACAACGAUAUGAGGCUAUUUUGCUCGAGGUGUUGGCUAUGUACCAGCACGAGCUGAUGGCCAAGUCGCUGAUCGCCGCUGGCAUCUUUGAAACUUUUAAUCAUGAUGUAUUGACGAUGUACUUGGCAUCAUGGCAAAUGCAGCCACACAUUAAUCGACAGCGUCUGCAGGAGCUCGAGACGCUCAUUCGGAACGACGCCUACUAUUGUGCAUAG